AUGGACCACAAUCCGAUACAAUUUCUCAGUCUAUUGACGCAAUGGUGCCAACAGUCCGUGCUGGACACAUACGACAGUCUGAUGCGCGUCCUAAUUGACCGAAUCGAACGGCAUGUGGCAUUGUGCGGCAUAAGCGAACUGACCGUGCUGGAACCAGGAUUGAAAAGUCUAUGGCAAGGUCUCGCCCUGCUCUACCAACAAGUCGGUUCACACGAGCGAGCUAUGGACAUUCUGGUACAGUUGCGUGACCCACGUGUGUUUGAUGUGUUUGACCGGUAUCCGCUCGANGCACGAGACUCACGACUGAUCGAAGUGCUUCGCGAUCGGGUGGCGUUCUUCAUGGAACUCAGUCACACUCGUGCGUUACCGGUCCUGUUGGAUCAUAUCGAUGUCGUUACGGUCGAUCACGUGGUAACACAGUUGGAAUCCACACCUAUCCUAUUGUACCGGUAUUUGGACUAUGUUUACCGUCAUAAUCCACAAUACGUGACCGCGCAUCUGAUCCGAUUGAUUCAAUUGUACAUAUCGUUUGAUCGGGACAAAUUGUUGCCCCUAUUGCGCUCAUCCGAUGCCUACCCACUCAGAGAGGCAUUGGCUUUGUGUGAACGGGCCGGGUUGGUGCAAGAAACUGUGUGUCUGCUCACGCGUGUUGGCAGACGUCAGGACGCUCUGCAGUUGAUUCUUACCAAAGGUGGUGAUUCUUUCGUGACGGAGAAUGGAGAACCGCCAACCGAAGCACAACGUCAGGCCGCGGCUGCAGCUGCUGCAAUCGCUCAUUGUCGUGAGGAAGAUGUGUUUCGAGCGCACGGGGCUGGACCCAGACGGAAACAUCAAGUGGAUAACGGUAUCCUCAAUGGGGACACGGAUGAUGAUGAUGAAGAGGCCGAGAAAGGCGAUGAAUGCGGUGGUGAGUUAUGGCAGCAGGUUAUCCUGUAUGCCGCGGACAAACCGGCAUUUACAUGUGCCCUGUUGCAACAAGCUGGUACGGAGGGUCUGGAUAUGCGGCUGUUGCUUCGAAAAAUCCCUCCAGAUAUGAAAAUUCCCGGUCUGAGAGAUUCUCUAGUCAAAUUGAUGCGUAAUUAUAAGUCACGCGGCAUCCGAGUGGAUCCGACUGAGUCCGGUACUAUCAUCUGUCCGGUUUGUGCUCAAUCUUUUGUUCGACCGCCCAAUGGCAAAACUCUCCCUGACGAACCGAACCGAAACGACUUGUCGGAACAGAACCCAUUCGUCACGGCAUGCGAUGAAUGUGUCGUAUUCCGUUGUCAGCACGUCUAUCAUUCCGCGUGUUUGAUGGCGCUGGGUACUAAAUCCUGUCCCCAGUGCUCGGAACACUAA